CAGAACUGGAUGAAAUAUUGUCUGAGUUUUAUGCUGCAACAAGAGGUGAUUCUUGCCACAGUAAUGUAAAUGGGACACCUGCUGCCGAAGGGCCUUUGCUCAAUCAAGAACAAAACAGAAUUGGAAAAGAAGGUGAAUCUUGCCCCACUAAUGUAAAUGGGACACCUGCUGCCGAAGGGCCUUUGCUCAAUCAAGAACAAAACAGAAUUGAAAAAAAAGUCAAAGAAAAUAAUUUUCAGGAAGUGCUUUCCAAGCUGAAACUGCAGAAAUACUUCCAAGAGAAACUUUCUUUAAGCAAAAUUCUUGAAAUUGACCCAGAAACCAUGGUCUGCGCAAAACCUGAAAGCUCCGAAGAUGUGCCAUGGUAUUUUCUAAAGAAACUUAUGAUUCUCAACUUGACAUCCAGAAACAUUAGGUGCUCAGCAAACAUUCCUAAAGACAAAACAGCGACUGGUAUUGAAACUAAUUUUUCCAACUUUUUGAUAUGCCGGGGAGAUGCUGGUGAUUUGUGCAAUCCUCUGGAUGUCAUUACCGCAGUUUUCCUUUGUGCUGAUAGCUUCCUGCAGCAAGAGAUGAUGAUGAAGAUGUCCAUGUGUCAGUUUGCUUUGCCUCUCUUAUUGCCAGACUACAGUAAGGACAGCAUCACCCUACUGCUGUGGGCCAUGCGUUUCAUCGUGAAGAAGUGGAGAUCUGAGUCGCUGGAAGCAAAUAAAGGAUUCAAAGAGGCAACUAUGGCAACUACUCCAAUGCAUGUCAUUUCAUUUAUUCGUCUGGGUAAAUGCAGCACAUCCAAAUCAAAGGUCCUUAACGAGGUACUAAGUAACCCACACCAUCAUCACGAUUUCUUUGUCACUCAUAGCAUGGAAUGUGGUGGCAUUCCUCGUAAAAUCUCAGAUGGUUUAGUUGAGUUCUGCUGGUACCUCCCUUGUGGUAAGAGAAAUAUUGAUAUCUUCACAGAACCUGUUCUCAUUGCCAACCUCCAUGGGGAUGCAAAUGUGCUACAUUCUCAAGUUCACUUCUUGGCUAAGGUAUCCUCAGCAGUCUUUAUAUUUGUCAAUCAGAUUGGUACUGAUGAGUUUGCAUUCCUGGAUUCCAUUGCAAAAUUGCAAACACGAUACUUCCUAAUCCUCAAUCCACAACCUGACCAACAGGAAGUGACGAGCAGCUUUCUCCAGAAACUCGUUCCGUUAAUGAAACUGGAACUGAAUCAUAUCAUUGUUAAAAACAAAAACAUGAAUACAUCAGAGUUUGUUGAACAAAUCCAGUCGAGCAUCAAGGACACUCUGGAAGAUGUGACUGACCUGAUGAGCAUUGAGAAAAUAGCUGCCUUCGCUCGUGAGUCAGAGAUUUGUGUCGAUGAAGAUGAACCAAGAUGUCAACGCAUAAAAGAAGUAGCAGAGGAAAUAAUUGGUGCCAUGAAAAGCAUGCAAAGCGUGGCAGAGUACAAAAUGAAAAAACUACCUUUACAAGGAGAGCUCUGGAAAAAAAUGGCCAAGUUAGUCAAGGAGCUUUGUCGUCAGAGAAAUCGUGGAGAUAAGUCUGUCGACAUGUACAACAGCGAACUCAGGCUUGAACAAACAAAUCUGCGGAAGAAACAGCUAGAAUACGAUAUCACUGAAAGCCUUUCUGAGUUUGUCACUGCAAUGGCACAUAUGGACAAAGAUGAAAGACACUUUUUCCUGAAGUGGAUCAAAUAUCUUCUUGAUGCUACUGCACGACAAGAGCUUUCUGAAUUACGUGAGUCUUAUAAACAACAGUAUAAAGCUUCACCUGGUGCAAGUGAAAAGCUCACCGAGCUCGACAAACAAAUAUUAGACAGCUCUCUGGGGCUAGAACAUUUCAUGUGAGAAAUAGGACAGAUUUAUGAAGCUGAGGUAACUUUAGUUCAAGAACAUAUUCACCCAGAAAAUAAGUGCCAAUAUACAUCAUUUCCCAGCAUUGCUGCUGAUUUUAUGUUAGAUGGCUUUCCACUUGAACUUUUAGAUGGCGAUGCUUCCAGCAUAUCCGAACAGUGGGUCAGUGCUGUGCUCACAAACCUUUCAGAGAAACUGGGACCAGAUACUAAAAUUGUUGUUUUAACUGUAUUAGGUGUACAUAGCACAGGGAAGUCUACUCUCUUGAACACAAUGUGGUUUGCAGUGAGCAGUGGGAGAUGUACAAGAGGAGCCUUCAUGCAGCUGAUUAAAAUUACAGGAGACCUGAAAGAGGAGAUUGGUAGUGGGUACCUCAUGAUUAUUGACACAGAAGGGUUAAAAGCUCCAGAACUGGCAAAGCUGGAGGACAGCCAUGAACAUGACAAUGAGCUUGCAACUCUGGUUGUUGGAUUAAGUGACGUUACAUUAAUCAAUAUGGCCAUGGAAAACUCUUCCGAAAUGAAGGACGUUUCGCAGAUCAUGGUGCACGCCUUCCUGAGGAUGAAAGAGGUUGGACACAGACCAAACUGUCAGUUCAUUCAUCAAAAUGUGGGAGAAGUGUCGGCACAUGAUCAGAACAUGAGAGACAGGAAACACCUCCUGGAUCAGUUAAAUGAAAUGACACGGGCAGCAGCAAAGAUGGAGAAGAAAGACAGCGUGUUCACAAAGUUUUCAGAUGUCAUGGAAUACAACCCUGAAAUAAACAACUGGUACAUUCCAGGACUGUGGCACGGUGUUCCUCCCAUGGCACUAGUAAACACUGGCUACAGUGAAAAUAUAUUCAAGUUGAAGAAAUAUCUUUUUGAUUUAUUUAAACAGCGCAAAGGAAGAAAAGAACCAUUUACAAUUAAUCAAUUCACAGAAUAGAUGAAAAGUUUAUGGAAUGCUGUCAAAUAUGAAAAUUUCAUUUUCAGUUUCAGAAAAGUUGCAGAUGCUUACUGCCAACUCAAUUUAAAGUACUCAGAGUGGGAGUGGCAAUUUAGGAAAACCAUGCAUUCCUGGGUUGAAAAGGCUGAGAAUAAUAUCGACAACCAUCCUCUGAAUCAUCCUCUUGAUGAUUUGUAUCUGACUCUGAUUCAAGAAUCAAAUAACAUCCUCCAGAGUCAAAAACAAAAGGUUCUUGAUCAUCUGGAACAAUAUUUCAACAGCAAAGUUGAGAACAUUCACCUUGUGGAGAAAUUCAAAACUGACUUCGCCUUGAGUGCUGAGAGUUUGCAAAAUGAGCUUGAGAUUUACUGCAAGCAGAGAUGCAACAAUGCAAUUCAGAGAUGCAAAGGCAUGGACAAGUUGAUUAACAUACAAAAGGAGUAUCAGGGAAAUAUUCAGAAACAGGUCAGUGAACUUUUACAAAGACGCAAACAGUCGGAGACUAAACUCGAUGACAGUUUUCUACACGAACAGUUUGAGAAGAUGUGGAGAGAGACGGUAAAACCACUUCAGGAAAUGUCAUUCAAAAAACACAAUAUUGAAAUGGAGUUUGAAAAUCAACUGAGACAAAAUCUACGACAUGGGGGCAGUGCCGUGAGUCAGAGAUUAGAUGCAGCUGGAAAACUAUCUGCAAAAGGAAAAAAUCCCUUUGAAGUUACCAAGGAUCAUAUCGAAAAGAGUUAUUACCAAAGAUUUAAGGGCUUUUUCAAAAAUACUUCUAACAAUGAGGUGCAAAUGUUUGCAAAUAGUUUGAUAAAAGACUCUGAGGAACAUGCACAGGAGAAGGUUAAAGCAAAAGUUGAUUUUGAUCCAAACCACUGUCAACUAUUGCUGAAAACAAUUGAUGAAAAGUUACAUGAUGCAGAAUAUCAUGGCCUUAACAUUAAUACUAACUUUGAGGUGGAUCUAAAGCUGUAUAUAUGUGGACACGUCCUUCCAAUUUACCAAAAGAUGCACCAAGAUUUAUUUAGAAAAAAUGAUCCAUUGACUUGUCUGAAAGAAAAGAAACCUGCCUACUAUACCACUUUUAAAGAUCUUUAUCAAGAGAAAGUCAGAAAAGAGCUCAAGCUCUGUGCAGCAACUGCCUCCAACCAGCUCUUCAGAAAGCCAUUGACAAAAAGCUUGGUGUAGAGAUUGUUGAGGAU